AUGCAGUGUUUCGAGCCAUUGCUGCAGAAUACAGCAAGUGCAGCGGCGAGUGCCCGCAGUGGCCAGCAGGAUGUUCGCUGGAUAUUGCGAGUGGAAGCUUUAGCGGCGGCCGUCCGCUGCCAGCUGCGCAGGUUAAGUGGAUUGCCGGCCAACCUGGCGAAGCCCCACCACCGCUCGGCGCUCACGUGUCGCCCGCACAUGCUCUGCUGCCAGGCCGCUGGUACCAGUGAUUUGGAUGAUGAUGAUGAUGAUGAUGAUGAUUUGGAUGAUGAUGAUGAUGAUUUGGAUGAUGAUGAUGAUGAUGAUGAUUUGGAUGAUGAUGAUGAUGAUGAUGAUUUGGAUGAUGAUGAUGAUGAUUUGGAUGAUGAUGAUGAUGAUGAUGAUGAUGAUGAUUUGGAUGAUGAUGAUGAUGAUGAUGAUUUGGAUGAUGAUGAUGAUGAUGAUGAUGAUGAUUUGGAUGAUGAUGAUUUGGAUGAUGAUGAUUUGGAUGAUGAUGAUUUGGAUGAUUUGGAUGAUGAUGAUUUGGAUGAUGAUGAUUUGGAUGAUGAUGAUUUGGAUGAUGAUGAUUUGGAUGAUGAUGAUUUGGAGGAUGAUUUGGAGGAUGAUUUGGAGGAUGAUUUGGAGGAUGAUUUGGAGGAUGAUUUGGAGGAUGAUUUGGAGGAUGAUUUGGAGGAUGAUUUGGAGGAUGAUUUGGAUGAUGAUUUGGAUGAUGAUUUGGAUGAUGAUUUGGAUGAUGAUUUGGAUGAUGAUUUGGAUGAUGAUUUGGAUGAUGAUUUGGAUGAUGAUUUGGAUGAUGAUUUGGAGGAUGAUGAUGAUGAUGAGGGACAGUAUCAUGUUUAUACCCUUGUCUGCGAGAUGUAA